AUCGUCUGUUCGUUUCAAUUUCUAUUUUUCAAAAGCAAGAGCUCUCAAUUUCUCUGGUUCUCUAGUCCCAGUUUCGCUGAGAGUUCCUUAAAGAUGGUUGUCGAACAAAGGGUGAAGGAAUCUGAGAUCACUGAGCAGGAUUCGCUUCUGCUGACAAGGAACCUGCUUCGCAUUGCCAUUUUCAACAUUAGUUACAUCAGAGGUCUUUUUCCCGAGAAAUAUUUCAAUGAUAAGUCUGUUCCUGCAUUAGAGAUGAAAAUCAAGAAGCUCAUGCCAAUGGAUGCAGAGUCACGCAGACUGAUAGAUUGGAUGGAGAAAGGUGUUUAUGAUGCACUGCAGAAAAAGUACCUGAGGACGUUGUUGUUCUGUGUUUGUGAAACAGUUGAUGGUCCAAUGAUUGAGGAAUAUGCAUUUUCUUUCAGUUACAGUAAUUCUGACAGCCAAGAGGUUUCAAUGAAUAUCAAUCGCACUGGAAACAAGAAGCAAGGGGGAACAUUCAAGUGCGCAUCCACAACUGAAGUUACUCCAAAUCAAAUGCGGAGUUCUGCUUGCAAAAUGGUCCGCACGCUGAUUCAAUUGAUGAGAACGCUGGAUAGAAUGCCAGAAGAGCGCACUAUUUUGAUGAAACUCCUCUAUUACGAUGAUGUUACGCCUGCGGAUUAUGAGCCACCAUUCUUCAGAAGCUUCACAGAACAAGAAGUUCACAAUCCAUGGACAAAAAAUCCACUGAGAAUGGAGGUUGGAAAUGUCAACAGCAAGCAUUUUGUAUUAGCUCUCAAGGUUAAGAGUGUGCUUGAUCCUUGUGAGGAUGAAAAUGAUGACAUUCAAGAUGAUGAUUUGAGCUUGGGAGCUGAUUCUGCGCGAAGGGAUCAGCAUUCUGAUUCUGACAGUGAGGUCAGCCAUUCACCCGAAGACAAUUACAUAGUCGCACCAAUAGAUAAGAAGCAUGCCCAUGAUGACUGCGCCCUGAUUGACGAAGAUGGUACUCAAGAUCCAAUGGAAGAUGAACAACAAUUAGGCCGCGUAAAGGACUGGAUCAACUGUCACCACCUUGACAUCAUUGAGCUUACUGAUAUUCUCUCAAAUUUUCCUGACAUUUCAGUGGUUUUAAUAGAAGAAAUUAUUGACAAUCUAGUCAAUGAAGGUAUUCUAUCUAAAAGUGGAACUGACAGUUACACCAUUAACAAGAAAAAGAAGUUUGACUAUGGAUUUGACGCUGUAAAAGAAGAAAUGGAUGCCCAAGAUGGCAAGAAAACUCAGCAGGUUAUGGAUGAAGAUCCCAUGUAUAUGAAGGCCUUGUAUCAUGCUCUUCCAAUGAACUAUAUUAGUGUAGCAAAGCUUCAGAGCAAGCUUGAAGGAGAAGUCAGCCAAACUACAGCACGCAAGCUAAUUAAUAAAAUGAUACAUGAUGGGUUUCUUGAAGCCAAAAGCAAUAGGAGGCUAGGCAAACGUGUGAUUCAUUCCCACCUGACUCAGAAAAAGCUGGUGGAAGUCAAGAAAGCCUUGGACAUUGAUACCAUGGAUGUGGAUGCUGAUGAAUCGCAUAACAAGUCCAGAAAUGUUGAACAUCAGAAACUGGAGAGCAACCAAAAGGACAUGUCGACAUGUGGCUUUCUCCACUCGAUUGGAUCAGAUCUCACUCGUACUAGAGGUAAAACACAUCAAAAUGGCUCCAUGAGGACUGAUCAGACUGUUUCAAAUGCAGCGGAUCACAGAAACACCCCGACAAGCAGAGCUGAGCCAGUAGCAUCAAGAGAGAGUUUUGUCCCAGGUAAUGAGAAUGGCAGAGCAAACGGACAUGCCAAUCAUUUUGAUGAGUUUGACACGGUUAUAUGUAGUAGAUCCACGCAAGAGAAGCAAUCUAGGAAAGCAAGCACGGUUAAGGAGCCCAUUCUUCAGUACACGAAGCGCCAGAAAUCUCAAGCUGUCUAAAUAUAUCUCCAUUGAUUUGAUCUAUUAGUAGCGGUGACCUUUCCUAAUCACUUCACUAAUUCUGCUUCCACUACAUGACUAAUUCAGUACAGAGAGCACUGUCUUUAUAUGUUUUUAAUUUUCCUGUUCACGUCUUCUGUUUUCCCUCUUCAAUCUUGAUAAUUCAUUACAUUUCAUAUAUCGAGACGAACGUGGGAAAAUAUGUUCCCCACGCAGGUAAACUAGUAGAAGAGAGGAUAUUAUUUUCAACACUCAUCUAUAAUUGCAUUAGCGGGGCCGUUUCCUGCCAU